UCAAGUGUUGGUAACGACGACAAAGCAUAUUAGAAAGACAAUCAAAUCAGCAACUCAUUAAGCUGUUGAUCACAUAAAUCAAUUAAACCAUCCGACCACUCACAAUAAAUCCGUCCCUGCCAACUCGUGUUCUAUUUCAACCACACGACGCGUCCAAUUAAACGAACUAACUAAAUAAUUAUCACAAUUAAUGAACGCGCACAUAUCUCACUGGGAUCCUUAAAUAAAUUCCAAUUUGAUUGUCAAAGAGGCGCGCGCGCAUCCGUUCACGAUCCAGACACACCCACAGACUCUGAUUGGUCCAACUCUAAUUAUAUCACAGAUGAGAUCCCGAACAGCUAUUUGCAACGUUUAACAUCAUACACCACGAAAUCAUCUUUAAAACUAAAGCAUUAAAGAUGAAAAUCGUUGAAACUACUCUUAAAUACGAUAUACAAAAGUGUCAUCCAGAAAGACGCCCAUUAACCGAAGCUUUCCAUCUUCAUUCUGAUCAGACACAUCUUAAGGAGCAAGCGCUUGAAAUUGAUCGAUAUAUUGAACCUUAUGGCAAUAGAUAUAAGGCUGGAUAGUUGGGUGCAAAUCAUGAUGUUUUUCAGAAGAGGCAGUUAACAUUCCCGACGCAGUCAUUUCAGCGGUCCAAUUUGACAAAAACGGAUCGUUAAACUUUCGAAUUGGAUAAAAUUAUUGCGCGUGAGAUAUCCCUGCCUACUACUCUCUGGUUUUGGAUUUGAAGUACCUGUCUGCUACUCAAACUGCUUUUUGACUCGUCGUAACUCGGACGAUUCUUUUAUAAAAUUUAAAAUAAUCGAAAUGAGUGUUCAAGAAACAGAAUCUUCAAUGGACGUGGACGAAGUAGAAGGCGAAUCAAAAAUCGAGAAGACGGACUCGAAACUUCCAUUUUCUAUUGAGAAUCUUCUCGCUGGAAAAUUCGAUAAGAGUGGUCACGCAAAAGAAAUAUGUUAUACGGACGAGGAUAAAGUCAACCCAUCGACAAGCGGAAGUGGUGAACUGGAUUGUUUUAGGAGUUUUACAAAAAGUGAUGUGAACUGUGCGUCGGAUGAUGAUGAUGGAGCGAGCUCUGAGAGUUCAGAGCCGGUUGAUGUGGAAGGUUCAACUGUAGAAGACACCCAAGAUUUUGGAGAUGGCAAGGCGGACUAUCAACAAUCAGGUCCGUGUUCGUCUAGAGGCAAGCGAGCUCGCACGGCCUUUAGCGCCCAACAAAUCAAGAGUCUGGAAGCAGAGUUUGAGAAGAAUCGGUAUUUAUCUGUGGCAGCACGGGGACGGCUAGCUAGGCAGCUGCGACUUACCGAGACUCAGAUAAAAAUAUGGUUCCAAAAUCGCCGAACGAAAUGGAAACGAAAAUACACUAACGAUGUAGAAUUACUUGCGCAACAAUAUUAUAGCAGUUUGGGCAUAGUCGCCCCUCGACCCAUGUUUGUGGGCGACAGAUUAUGGAUCUUCAACUAUCCCAACCGAGUACCACCCAUACAGCAACAACAGUGGAUGAAGUCACUAAACAAUAUAGCGAACAUAAAUACACACAGCCAGAUUGUAGAGCGUAACGUAUUUAGACCAAUACCAAAACCAGAGAUAUCGCCAUUUUUAAUUCCACCAUCGACAACGUAUCCGAACGAUAGAGUUUUCAUGAACAAUAUAAAUUUGGCGGGAGGCGUAAACGGCAAAAUUCCCGCCCAAAAUAGAUUGGUGCCCAGAGAGGUAUACAACAAUAUGGCCACUGCACAGAAAACAAUGGAUGUGUAUAAGAAUAACAUACUCAGCCACAGUAGUCCACCUCAAGAGCCCAACGUAGAUCAUUUAAGAAGGCUGGAAGAAAAUUUUAGUAUAUAAAUAGAUAUAUAUUUUUGAAAAAUAAUAACACUUAAUAUGUUUUUUUUUAUUCUGUGAAUAUUUGGAUUCAAACCACGGAUUAAAUAGUAAUUUCUACAACUAAUUCCAUUGAACAUAGAGUAUAAAAAAAUAAACAAUAAAUAAAUUUUGUUUAAAUUGGGUACUUAUAUUCCAAAUUUA